GACGCUCUGCGCUCUGUUAACUCACGCAAACAAAUUGCGAUUCGCGCAGAAAUUUCACACAAAAAAAAAAGAAAACAAAACAAAAAACAAAUAUUUAAAGCCAAAACAAGGCAGUUCCUGCUACUGCACCGACACGCGACCAUGAGUACAACGUUCAAGAACCUGAAGCUGGGCCAUUUCGGUGGCGGCGGUGCUGGUAUCGUAGGCGGAGGAGGUGCUGGUGGAAGCAUCGGCGGUGCCUUUGGAAUGGCAAUAUCUGGUGGAGUCGCUGGUAAGAUGCCCCUAAAUGGCGGCGGUGGCGGCGGAGGUAAGGGCGCGUCAGCGGCUGCUGCAGCCGAGUCGGAGGUAUUUCUGACGCCCAGCGGUGUUAUCAUCCCCCUUAUCCGUACUAGGGAUAUGCCAAAGAGGCUGCCCACGAUGUCGGCAGCCCUACAGCGGCCCUCCGAUGACCAUUUGUCGGCCGAGGAUCUGGAUGCAGUGCAACUCGAGCUGGAGCAGCUGCUCUCGAAUGUGGCGCUGCGUGCGCGCGUCCUCAAGGCCGAAUACGACAGUGUGGACAAAGAUGAGAAGCGCAACGACCGUCGCAAGUUUGAUCGAGUUGCUGGCUCACCGCCGUGCACCAGCAACAAUGCCAUGCUGAAUGCCAUGCUGGGCAUAGGAGUAGGCGGAGCCAGCGGCGGCUUGGGCAGUCCAUCGGGCACCUCGUCGAGCCUGGCCAAGCGGAAGCGGGACGAGCCGACGGGCGUGCGCAAGAAGCACUCAUCGAUGACCAUUCUAAAGGGCGGCCUCGGCCCCUCCGGCAACUCGAGGCACUCGAAGAACAGUCCAAUGGCCGUGCACACAGACGACAGCCUGGACUUCCUGCCAUCCUCGAACCUGAUCCUGCCCAUGUUGCCGCAGCUGCCGAAGCUGGCGAUGCCAAAGAACGAUAUGCCGAACAAGUUCUGGCUCUCGGUGGAGCCGUACUGCAUGCCGAUUACAAAUGAGGAUCUGCGCCUCAUCGAUGACCUUUUGGAGCAGUAUCGCGGCCCCCUGGUGCCGCCCGUACCCACACUGGGGCCGCACUACUCCACCGUGUGGGCGCUGGAGGACAUGAAGGCGUUGCAGCCGGGCGGAUCGCGCAUCAAGUCACAGAAUGCCUCGGCCAUGAUGAAGAAGGCUGAGGGAAUGGUGGAGGAGAGCAUCACGGGUCCCCUCACCCAACGCCUUGUCACAGCCCUAAUGGAGGAGUCGCUGCUGACGCUGCCCAGCGAGCAGGCGGCUGUGGGAGAGCACAGCAACAGCACCACAAGCAGCAGCAACGACAACUCUCAUACGCACUCACAUUCGCACUCGCAUCUGUCCUCCGCCAACUCGGGAGCUCCUGCAGCCAGCGGCAACUUCCGACCACUCUCGAUGCUCAAGCACGGCGUGGGCAUUGAGCAGCGCCUGAAGAAGGAGCUGCUGGAGAACGGCCUGAUGGAUGCCAGCGACUGCCAGCCGCCCGAAGACAUGGACGAUGUGCUGCACGAGAUCAAGCGCGUCACGUCGGAGAUCAGCACCGUGUCGACGUUCAACAGCGAGGAGCUGAAGCGCCUCCGUGUGGCGGCCAGCGACGAGAUCAAGCGCAUCGAGCUCAAGCACAAGCUGGACAUGAUUGACACGGAGAUACUCGAGUGCUACAAGCGAAUGCUGCAGUAUCGGGCAAAGCGAAAGGGGCACACCGUCGAGGAGAAACAGGAGAUUCUACGCCUCACCAAAGAGCAGCGCAUUCUGGCCGAUCAGCUGGAGCGCAUGAACAUUCUGCCGCCCCUAGGCCCCUCCUCCAAUAUGAUGGACGGAAAAUUGUAGGACAGGGGCAUGGCCUGGAGCUGGUGCCAGCUGGUGGCCAUGCAUCGGGCAAUCGGGCAAGAGCGCGGAGAUGUUCUCUUGCAGCUUCAAUGUUUCUGAUUCGUUUGAAAGAGAGAGUCUCUUCCCUCUCUCCAGCUCUUGGCUCCGACAGAUGUACAUUAACACAGCAGACAUACAUAGCCAUAUGUAUCAUACUUAAGCAUACUUAAGCUAUACAUAUAUAUAUAUAAAUAUAUAUAUUGAUUUUAUGUAGAAUAUGUAGCUUAAAAGAAGACUUCUCCUUAUCGUGCACUUCCACUUUCACAUGCAAAAAAACACACACGACACUUUCUGUAUAGCUUUAGUUAUCGCGAAGGCAAUAAAGUUACCCUUUUAAUUUAGAGA